AUGUUGCUCCGUCGCAAAUCAACAAACGAAAUUCCAGUGCAUGUCUACAACACAAGCAACGUGAAGAAAUACACACAAGAAGGCACAGCAAUCAUUGUUAAAUUCGCUUGCCCAGACUGUCGCGAGAUAUUUAACACUGUUUCAGAACUCGCGCAUCACGUCGACAAUAACCAUGUAAAAAGAGCACCAUCGCUUGAAAACCUAUCUCCUGAAGACAAACGAUGGGUCCUGGAUGGUCACGAUGUUUCAAGCCAAUUCCAAGAAUAUCGCCGAUCUUGUAUUACUGCGUCGCGUACAGCUGAAUUUGCCGUCGAGAGCCAUAUUUUUCCACCCUCCUUAUUGACAGCAGCGCGCACUGAAAUACUGGCCAAGUACAAGCGCAACACAUUCCAGGCGCACGUUAGAUCAGCAUUUCAGUCGAUUAUUCAGCAGUUUGUGGAUGAAAACAUCACGGAAACACGAGCCGAAAUCGAGCUUCUCUCACUUUGCGAGCCAGCUGUUACUCCCUCGCUACAAGAUUCCAUUGAACCAACAGAAUAUGAUGUGCAGUUGUCAUGGCAAUAG